AUGCCUGAUUGGCUGUUGAUCCGGAAUUGUACGUUUAAUUGGAAGGAAGACGAAGAAGAACAAGAGGCAGAAGCAGCUGGCAAAACCCUGAAAUCGGAGAGGAUUGUACAAACCUCGCAACCAUCAAAAAUUGAAGAAGAAGAAGAAGAGAAAGCUAUUGGAUAUGUUUUUUGGAAGAAGAUUUCUGUCCUUCCCCAUGGAUCGGGGUUGUUUCAGGAAAAGCAUUAUUUGGGCCCCCUCUUGAUGAGUACUGGAAAAAGAAGCUCCAGGAAGAGGCAGCUACCAAGGAGACCGACUCAAGCUCUAAUCAAUAGAUACUGUACUGAAUUAUCAUGAUAGUGGGAACUGGGAGGAGGGAGGUUGUCUUUUCCAGUUGCUGACUGAAGAAGCCUAAUAUACAUUCAUAUUUUCAUUGCACACUGAUACAAUAUAGACUUUGGAUUUGGACAAUGCACAAGCUUAUACAUCUGGGUGGGAUGGGAUUCUAGCUGCAUGUGUAUCCAUGAAGAUAGGAUGAACUAAGUCGAUUGCAUUAUUUGGUUGUUUUCUAGUCAAAGCAAAAAAGCAUAAUCGACCUCAUCUGCUAGACAUUGGAGCUUCACAUUCCCAAUGGAUAAUGUUAUUGAACGUUGCUGGGGUUGCUGUCAAAACUCCACCGGUGUUGUUUGAACUUUCGUUCUUUUUGGUAUUGUUGUUUGACUUUCAACGGAGAAAUACGCCAAGUUGAAAAAGAGUAUUGAUUAGAGAUUAUUGAAGCUUAUGUUUAAAGUGAAUUUACAUCUUUUGAUAAUAAAAUUCUUUUGAUAAAAGUGUAUGCA